AGCAGAUACGGGAAGGCGCAAACCAGAAAAAAGGUCCACAAAUUCCUCUUUCUCGUUCUGCUUCCGCCAGAUCACCGCCGGGGAUCGGCGUUUGUUAUCUCAUAAAACACCGGCACCACCGUAGAUGGCGUCAACUCCUCCGGUCUUCGAUCACGUCUCUGUUUCUCUACUCCGUACUACCGCCGCCUCCCUACCGGCCACCGCUUUCUUCCACCAUCAGAUGCCUAGUCUAAUCUCAUCUCAUCCAGUGCUCGCCUCUAGACUUUCUUCUUCGUGCCGCCUUUCGGGGUCUCGUAGACCAGCUCUCACCGUCGCUGCAGCUGCCACAUUGAUGUCUAGUUCUGUGCCGAAAAGUGGAGUAUUGAUUGUGGGUGAUUUUAUGACCAAGAAAGAGGAUUUGCAUGUGGUAAAGCCCACGACAACUGUAGAUGAAGCAUUGAAAGCUCUUGUGGAGAACAGAAUAACUGGCUUUCCUGUAAUUGAUGAUGACUGGAAACUGGUUGGGGUGGUAUCAGAUUAUGACUUGCUAGCACUGGAUUCUAUAUCAGGCACUUUACGAGCUGAAACUGACAUGUUCCCUGAGGUCGAUAGCACUUGGAAAACAUUCAAUGAGGUACAGAGGCUACUCAGUAAAACCGACGGGAAAGUGGUUGGCGAUUUGAUGACUUAUGCCCCGUUAGUAGUUCGUGAAAACACCAAUCUCGAGGAUGCCGCUAGUUUAAAUGUCAGAUUGUUGCUUGAAACCAAAUAUCGGCGCUUGCCCGUUGUAGACGGCGAAGGGAAGUUGGUUGGGAUUAUUACAAGAGGAAACGUGGUAAGAGCUGCCCUGAAAAUAAAAAAAGAAAACGAAAUGAAAGCAUGACAUUAGAACUUGGUUUGUAUAUGUAAUAUUGUAAUUUAUGAUACAAAAGGUCUACAUUUAUUAAUAAAGUCAUAGGGUAAAACACCCAUUAAUCGCAUUCGAGAAAGGUGGAUUUUUUACUA